ACUUUUCACUUCUUAAUUGUUCAUUAGUCGUUUCUGUACUGGACUUUAUUGCACACUUUGACUGUUCUUGGAUAUUUUGCCAUAAAUCUGAGCCUCCAAAAUUUGAUAUUUUCAUAUAGUUUUGAUCAAUCUUUGAUAUUAUCUCCCUUUUGGAAUUUGUCAAAAAACCCUCUAGUUUCCAUAUUGAUGGGGUUUGUCUAUUUUCAUCACUACAUCUGAAAUUCUUCAAGUUCAGUACUGUUGGGGUUGUAAAUCUCUUCAUUGGGUGUGCUAAAAAAUCCAACUUUGAAGAUUCUUGAUUCUCCUUUUUGAUCUGUAAGCUACUGUUUUAAUGUCAGUUCUUUGGUGAUAGCUUUUUUAGCUUUUAACAAGUUGGAUUCAUUUCCUGUUCUUGAUAGGGUUGUUUCUUUUUGUGUGUGUUAUAGAGAUAGUUUAGUUAUGGCUUCAUGUAAAAAAGGAAAAAUGAAAGAUGCAGUUUUUAGGCGUUUAGUAUCUCUAGCAUUGAUAACUGUGUUUGGAAUAGUUUUAAUUUUGAUUCUCUUUAGGAGUAAUACAAUUUCUAGUUUGAUAAACAGUGACAUUUAUGAGAGUACUGAAAGUAUUGAAAUUAUUGAACCGAAAAUUCCGAAACUCCUCUUGCAAAAUGAGUUGUCUGUGAGCUUGAAUAAGAGGAAUCAGAUCCCUCCAAGAAACUUGGAUUUGUAUCCAAAGUUAGUGAAAGAUCAUGUAGUUAUUGUUUUGUAUGUUCAUAACCGGCCUCAGUAUCUUCAAAUCGUGAUCGAUAGCCUUUCUCGCGUGGAAGGAAUUAGUGAGACUCUGCUGAUUGUUAGUCAUGAUGGAUAUUUUGAAGAGAUGAACAAGAUUGUGGAAGGCAUCAAGUUCUGCCAAGUGAAACAAAUAUUUGCCCCUUACUCACCUCACAUCUUUUCCAAUAGCUUUCCAGGUGUAUCGCCUAGAGAUUGUAAAGAUAAAGAUGAUCCAGUUGAGAAACAAUGUGAGGGAACUCCUGAUCAGUAUGGGAACCAUCGGUCACCAACAAUUGUGUCAUUGAAGCAUCAUUGGUGGUGGAUGAUGAAUACUGUGUGGGAUGGGCUAACAGAGACUCGUCACCACUCAGGUCAUAUUCUCUUCAUAGAAGAAGACCAUUUCAUUUAUCCCAAUGCAUAUCGCAAUAUGCAGUUACUUACUGAGUUGAAGUCAAAAAAGUGUCCCGAUUGUUAUGCUGCUAAUCUAGCGCCAUCUGAAGUGAAGUCGAGGGGAGAGGGAUGGGAAUCUUUAGUUGCAGAAAGGAUGGGCAAUGUGGGUUAUGCAUUUAACCGGACAGUGUGGAGGAAAAUUCAUAAUAAGGCAGCAGGAUUUUGCACUUUUGAUGAUUACAAUUGGGAUAUAACAAUGUGGUCGACAGUUUAUCCUUCAUUUGGUUCUCCAGUUUACACAUUACGUGGGUCUAGGACCAGUGCCGUUCAUUUUGGGAAAUGUGGUUUGCAUCAAGGUCAUAGUCGUAAUCUAGCUUGUAUGGACAAUGGCAAUGUGAAUAUUGUUGUCGAUGAACUUGAUAAAGUGGCAAAUAUCAAACCAGAAUGGGAAGUUCGGAAAUAUGAUCACCAGGCAGGAUAUCAGGCUGGUUUCAAGGGAUGGGGAGGCUGGGGAGAUGUACGGGAUCACGAAUUGUGUGUGGAGUUUGCUAAAAUGUAUGUCUGAGGGUGGUCUUGCACUUUCUGAAGAGUGAUAUUUUGAGCUUCACAACCAUACUACUUUUAAGGUCUGGAAACCAUGGAAAUCACUCUUUAGUGUAAAACAUGUGUAAAGUUUUAGGAAUGACGUUAUGUUUUGCAUUCACAGGCCAGCUAUUAUUGAGUGCACACUAAAUUUUGUUUUGCAUCCCCUUUCUGGAUAGUGGUGGCACUCUGAGCUUCACAAUCAUACUACUUUUUAAGGUUUGGAUCUUUGUGUUUCCAUGCAGAUCAUUAUUAGGUGUAACACGUGUGUAAAAUUGUAGGAAUGACGUUAUGUUUUACAUUCACAGCCAGCUAUUAUUGAAUGCAUACUAAAUUUUGUUUUAUUUAUA